AUGGAAAGUCAUCGUAUUAACCGAGCGAAAUCACAACCGCCGGAAGUUGGUGAAAUCGUUCUGAUCGUAGGGGAAGAGAGAAACCGUGGGAAAUGGAUGAAAGGCAAGGUGACGCGAAUCGUGAAGGGGGUAGAUGGAGUAGCGAGAGGAGUCGUAUUGUUGCAUAAGGGUAAUAGACUUGAACGGCCUCUCCAAGCGAUUUGCCCUUUGGAGAUUAAGAGCGUGACUGCAGAGACGGUGGAGAAGAGGAAGGAAGAACCGAUCAAACCCGUUCGAGAGAGAAGAAAGGCUGCUGCGAUGCGCAGGCCAAGAUACAGCAGUUACCAAAGGACGAUGCUAUUUGAGAAGUGA